GUAAUCUAUAAACAAUUGUAUACGGAAUCCAACUUAUUGUCGAUUCUUCGGUCAUUUCCGUAUCCACUCAACGGUUAUCACGGACUCUGUUAUCAGACAAAUCCUUUUGUUGAUUAAAUGACUCUUCAGUUAUCUCAUAGUUAACAGUUGUGAUUUGUGGAAACACUAAAAAUCUCAUCGAAUGAUCCAUUAAACCACUGGCUCUUUGACAACAUUCCUCAACCAAACGACAAGAGAAGUCCGGCAACAAAGGAUGGCCUGUAAGCUGACGGGUGCGGGCAUUAUGUGGACAAGUCUAUCAUUAGCAGCUGCUAUAUUGAACUGUGCCGGCUAUUACGUUCCCCAUUGGAUUAGAGGCUCUUAUCAUAACGCCAUCGAUGUGUCAUUUGGUUCAUUUCGUAGAUGUAAUUAUCCCAGACUUACAAAUGAUGGCCGAUUAGAGAUCGUAUCCGAAUGCGGCAGAUAUCGCACUUUCGCUGACAUACCGUCCCUCUCGUGGCAGAUCACAACAAUACUUAUGGGAAUUGGAGUCUCGAUAUCAUUAUUAGUAGCAUUUACUGUAUUGGCUUCGUGUUGUCUAUCGGAUGUCAUCACCAAAAGAUCUGCCAAAACUAUUGGAGUCAUUCAAUUGAUUGCAGCUAUACUGAUGGUAUCGGCAGCAGUCAUAUACCCUUACGGGUGGACGAGUCCUGAAAUAAGGGACGCCUGCGGUGGGCUCUCAGAUGUCUACAAACUGGGCACAUGUGAGCUCUCCUGGUCUUCAUAUAUGAUGUUUAUCGGAGUUGUUAUGCUAUUUAUUUGUUUUAUAUUAUCAUUCAAAGCCAGCAAAGUUAAACUUAGACCUUAUAACACAUAA